UUAAUUUGGUCUCCGACGUGGUUCGAGGGCCAAGGAGAGGGAAUUUUCAUGCAGAAAAAUCUAAUUCAAGCAGAGCACUGUCCAUUGACCACGCAUCGUACCAUAACAUCUCUCCUUCACACCUCUGGUUCACAACCAGGACGAAAAAUCAAACCCCUUUCGAAAAUGAAAGAAAACGAUAAAUCAGAGUGAAAAACAUCACCCAAAAGCUCAACCCAUAUUCCACGAUUCUGAGUUCUUAAAGAUAUUAGGAAUACAUUAACUUUAACCCCCUCAACCCAAUCAUAGAUUUCAGUGAAAACCAAAUAAAAACAUGGCUCCUUCUUCUUCUUCUUCUUCUUCAAGUUCUCCUUCUUCCUCCAAAUCCCCUCCACCUCCUCCUCCAUCUCACCAAUCCCUUAUUUUUACUCCUAUUCAAGAGUGUGAAAGGGAGGAGCAAGAAGAUGCUACCCCAAGUGUAAGCAUGGACAAAGGGGUGACUCCAAAGCACCUUCCAUCACCCCUCCGUGACAAAAACAUUGGAAAAGCCAACUUCAGGAAACGUCAAGGAUCUGGCGAAAAUGAAUGUGGAGAUGGUUCAGUUUCUUGCAACAAGUGCAGGCCACACUCUAGGGAGAAGAUCUCCGUUGUUCCUUUGGACAACAAUGGAGUUAACAAGCACUCCUUUUCCAUGGCAAGUCCUAAUGGGAUUUUCAAGUCCAUUUUCCAUUCUUUAACAAGAAAGAGUCCAAAAUCAACUCAUAUUAGUACAGUCAGAGAAGAGCAGUGGAAAACUGCUGCUGCAGAACUGUCACACAAGCUUAUUCAAGCUACAAGAAAGAGAGAUGAAGCAUUGCUGGAAGCUUCAAGGUUGAAAUAUUCCAUGGCUGAGCUUGAGAAGAAGCUUAACAAGCUUGAAAUUUACUGUCAUAAUCUGAAGUCUGGUCUGGAUGAAUGUAACGGUAACUCUUCUUAUGGAAUUGGUAAAGGUCAUAAUAUUCAUCAAGCGAAGAAUCAAGAUGGAGUUAUUGGAGCUAAUGAAAAAGUAAUUCAACAAUUCUUGGUCGCUAUCUCUGAAGCUAGAUCUUCGAUCAGGCUUUUAAGUAGAUCACUCACCAUGCAAUUAAGGCACAUGGGUAGCAAAGUUUGUGAGAGGAUAUCUUUGCUCUUACAGCCGUAUGAUAUGAAGAUUUCUAACUCGAAGAACCCCAAAAGCCUUUUUCUUUGCCUAGAAGCUUUGUUGAACAAGGCUUUUUUUGAAAAUUUUGAAUCAAUUGGGUUUCAAAAGAAUGCAGUGAACCAAAUAUUGAACCCUAUUGAUCGCUGUGAAGCCAAUUACGGGUCAUUCCAUGAUUUACAAGGUUUAACAUGGGAGGAGGUUCUGAAUAAAGGGACAAGGCAUUUCAGUGAGGAGUUCAGCAAGUUUUGUGACAGGAAAAUGAGUGAAAUUGUAGCUAUGUUGGGGUGGAACAGAGCUUGGCCUGAGCCAUUGUUGCAAGCCUUUUUUGGUGCGUCAAAAAGCGUGUGGUUGGUGCACCUUUUGGCCAACUCGGUGCACCCUGGCUUGCCAAUCUUCAGGGUGGAUAAGGGGGUGAAGUUUGAUUCAGUAUACAUGGAGGAUAUGGGUGGAGAAAGAGCCAGAAAAUUGGUUCCAAGCAUGGUCCGGAUCAUGAUCACACCAGGGUUCUAUGUCUAUGGCAAUGUGGUCAAGUGCAAAGUUCUUUGCAGGUACUAUAGCAAUCUCGAUAGUAGUUUAAUUGAUAAGGGUUUAUCUCCAUCUCCUAAUUAGCCUUUAAAUUUAAUUAGGUUGAGUUAAAAAUUGAAAUCCCUUCCAUUACUUUUGCACUUUGUAAUAUUUUGGUGCUGGUUUAUAUGUGUGAUAAAUGGGUGUUGAUCAAGACCACUUUGAGUUUUUGGGGCAGGGAAUUUAAGGGGUAGGGGAUUCUUGGAUUAAAGUAAAGAAUUGGCCUUUUCUUGUUCUCUUUGUUUUAUUCUCUGUAUUAUCUGUUUUGAAUUUGGCCAAGUUUCUCCAAUAAUAUAAUUUUUUUGUGGGACUUGGCUACGUGGAUAGAAUUAUCUCAAGAA